UUGAAGUUUACGCUCGAAGGUCUGCGCUGCGCGCUGUGUUUGCAUUGAUUUUCGAUUGGCUUCGUAUUUUCGUUAUAUGUUAAUGACGGUAGAUCCCCCUUGUGUCCGGAAUAGAAACGUCAAGGUGUCGGUAGUGUAAUAAAUUUAUCAUUCAACUUCUUUGGGCAUGCUGACUGCCUCUUUGGCACCGACUGCUAACAUCCCUAUAGUCAGUGAAAACGGAAAUCUACGUUCACGAUCAACAUCUCAACACCUUCGAGGUGAUCGUUCUAGAAUUGGCUGUAGUCAUUUAAAACUGUCAGCUCCAAGUGCAGAUACAUUGUCUGAUUCACUAAGUUUAGCAACAACUGCGACAGAAGGUACAAUAGGAGAGGUGUGGGAACAAAGACAGUAUCCGGUCAUGCCUUUAGGAUGUACUGUGCUAAAAAGCCCGCCUCCAUCAUUCUUAAAUCUUUCUAAUCAAGAUAAGCAACAGCCUUCAGAAAAAAAUCUUUAUGAGUUCUUAAAGGAUGCAGAACUAGACCACUAUUACUCCGUACUUACUCGUCAUUUAAAGAUACGUUCAGUUCAACAAAUCAAAUAUGUUGAAGAUUCUGAUCUUGCAGAACUAGGUUUCAGUCGACCAGAACAACGACGUUUACGGAAACAUUUCAAACGAGAAUGCCCACAAACUGCUAUGGGGAAGCUAAGAAAGCGCUUAGCUCGAUCCACCAGUGGCCGAUGUUUAUCACCACGACUCAAAGAUACAUUAGAUGGAUUAUCAUCUCGUAAUCUCAACGUAUUAUCCAUUUCAUUAGAUAGUACACCAACAUCUGAAGAUGGCGAUACAAAACGACGUACACUAUUACUUACACAAAAUUCUAAAGGUCAUGAUGGUAGUAAUAAGUGUUUGACAGAAAAUUUGAGUAAUUUAACCAUUAAUGGAAAUACAAAUUAUCGGGUUAUUCAAUCGAAUGAACUUGAAAUUGGCAGUAGUCUUGGCGAAGGAGAAUUUGGAAAAGUUUUUCAGGGUGUUUGGCAUACAGAUACAAGACGUGGUUUACAAGUUGCUAUCAAAAUUAUGGAUAUUAAACAAAUGAAUGAAGAGGAAACAUGUGAUUUUUUGAAUGAAAUAUCAAUUAUGCAUAGACUAGAUCAUCCAGAUAUUGUUCAGCUUCUUGGUGUGUGCAUUGAUGUAAAUGUAAUAAAAAUUGUUACUGAACUUGCUCCACUUCGCUCUCUACUAGAAUGCUUACGUGAAUCUGAAUUAAGAUCCAGUUUCUCUGUUCCUGUUUUGCAUAAAUUCUCAAUACAGAUUGCUCGAGGAAUGAGUUAUUUAGAAGAAUGUGGUCUUGUACAUCGUGAUUUGGCGGCUAGAAAUGUUCUAGUAUUUUCAAAAGAUAUUGUGAAAAUUAGCGAUUUUGGUAUGAGUCGGGCUCUUCAACUAGGCAAAUCAUAUUACCAAUCAAAUUUCAAUGUUAAUCUUAAACUUCCGAUUGCAUGGUGUGCACCAGAAUGUAUACAUGAUUUAUUAUUUACUAUACAUUCAGAUAUAUGGGCUUAUGGUAUUACAUUAUGGGAGAUAUUCACUUAUGGAUUUACACCAUGGGCUGGUCUUACCGGUCGACAAAUAUUAGAAAUGAUCGAUGCACCACGUUUUGGUCGGUUAGAUCAACCAGAUGCAUGUCCAGAUCCAAUUUACGAUGCUGUGAUGCGAGCAUGUUGGGCACAUGAACCAAAAGCUAGACCAACAUUUGCUCAAUUACUAGGUAUGCUUCCACGUCUUAGUCCUGAAAUUUGGAUAACCACAAGUGAAUAUCGUCCUGAUACAGAUUCAAAUUUGGAUACAAUUAGUACAUCAGGUGAAGAAUUCCCAUAUAAUCCUGGUUUUCGUCCACAUGGAACACGUUCAUUAGGUCGUCCAUUGUUUAUUAGGGCAAAUGAAACAGUGUGUAUACUUGGCAAAAGAAGUAGUAACACAUGGAAAGUGGUAAAUUUACGUACAGGACUUGUAGGUUGCAUUCCAUCGGGGAUUUUAAAACCAUGCAAUGCUCCUGGGAAUGAUUUAUCUGUUACCCGUGAUCGUCAUACACUAACUACUAAUAAUACUGCCACAUCGUCACCAAAUACUAUGGGGUUAGUAGCGAAAACACGUUUACGUAUGAGUCGAAGAGCUUCAUUAACAGAUUUGGCUUUACGCAAAACUGUUUCUCGACUUAACAAAUUCAGUUUAAUCAAUCCAACAGAUAACAAUAGUAAUAAUAAUAAUAGUAGUAUUAGUAGUAGUAGUGGUACAUCACGUUCACGUAUAAAAUUAACUGCAGAUCAAAUAAGUUCACCACAAAAUGAUUUUCGACAUAUUGGUCAUGUUGGUUCAGAUGGUCGAACAUUUGGUGACAUUGGUUUAGUUAGUAAAAUGAUUGAUUUGAAUGAUAAUCUCUCUGAUUCUCAAUCAUUUCACGAUUUUACUGUAUCUGAAGAAAAAUACAAAUCCAAUAAAUCGAAUACUUUGCAAAUUAAUUCUUCGAAUAUUAAAACUUAUCAAGAAACAACAAUGAAACAUAUUUCGUUACCAAUAACAACCAACACAUCAAUAAUUGGUGAUUCGUCUAUGACAAAAAAAUUUACAUCAAAGAAAAACACUCAAACAUCAAAUACUCUCUUGACUACUAAUUACAAUAAAUCUAUAAAUAAAGAUGAUACAGAUUUAUUAUUCGAUGAUAUCAAAUUCAAUGUGAUCUCUGAAUCAAAUGGGUUAGAUUUAGGCUCAUCAUUACUAGAUGAAGUAUUCAAAUGUUUUCCAAUAGAAAAAUCUACUACCAAUGACAAUAUGCAUCAUAAUCCUGAUGGUGCUAAAAAGUUAAAUGGUGUGACUACUUCUACUACUACUGCCAUUACUACUAAUAAUGGGGAUAUUAAAGGUCAUUCUAAUUGUGGCGAUUCGCUCCAAAUGAAUGGUACACGUAUUGAUGAUUCUACAAGAUCGAAUUCAACUGAUUAUUUAAACAAAGAAUCCCCACCAACCAACAGUACCAUAUUUAAUCAAACAUCAGAUUUGAUUGAACGUGGCAAACAUUCAUCAAAAUCAAAUGGAUUUCGUAUUCCUUCUUUAAUAAAUAAAAUUAAUCGUUUGGAAAUAUCAAUGCCAUCUACUACUACUAAUACUACAACCGCCACUACUAUUACUACUGACAAUUAUAUAAGUAAAAAUGAUAAUAAUAAUAAUUAUGAACAAGUCAAUGAUGAAUUAAAUGAUUCAACUUACACUGAUAAUACAAUCAUUAAUGAUAAUCCUGUUGCUGUUGUUGUUGAUGAUGGUAAUGAUAAUGGUGGUGAUGACAAUGAUAAUCGUCAUCAUCAUCUUGAAAAGAUGAAAAUGGAUAAUAAUGUUAAUAAUAAUAAUAAUAAUAAUAAAACAGAAUCAAAAUUUUCAUGGAAACGUAGUUCAUUUAGUAGUUUAACACAUCGUAGUUCAUCAAUAUCAAAAGCAUUAAAUAAAACUAAUAUUAUUAAUGGAUUUAAUCAAUUAGAUAAUGAAAAUAAUUAUGAUAAUAAACGAUUAACAAUUAGUAGACCAAUUUUAUUAAGUCGACCAAAUUCAGUUACACAUUCAACUUUAAAUCGUCUACCAUCCAAUUCAUCAUCAUCUUCAAUUAUUGGUAAUCUAACUGAACCAAGUAGUUUAGGUAGUUCAACAACAAGUCGUGAUAGUUCAUUAACUGUUGUUUCAUCAUCAUACAAUGGUUGCAGCAGCAGUAGUGGUGGUGGUGUUGGUAUCGGCUACGGUCUCGUCGGCCCUAGUAUCGGUGGAUAUACAUCAUUAAAUAAUACUGCUGGUCAUGAUGAGUCAGCAUUUACAGAACAACAACAACAACAAACUCAACAUCAGUCUUCAAUAUCAUCAUCAUGCUAUUACGAGACAUCUACAAAUGGAUCACUUUCACCAGCGUCUAGUCUAUCAUCUAUGAUAUCGGCUACAUGUGUUCCAUCCCAUUCGUUAACAUCCAGUAUUUCAAAUUCUAUAAAUAAUAAUUCUACAUCAUUAUGCAAUAAUAAUAGUACAUCAAUUGCACAAGGUUGUCUACGAGCAUUAAAAUCUGGUGAAACAGUAUUUCGUGCAUCAACGAAUACUUCAACUGGUACAUUGAAUUCACGAAGAAAGGUUAGUACAUCUUCAAGAACAAAUACUCCAAUGUUGUUGGCAGAUGAAAGAUCAACAAAUCCAAGAAUCAAAAAUUUAUCACCAACUGUAACAUUAGUUAAUUUAUCAACAAAAAAUUCUACUGAUGAUGCUAUUUCUUCAUCAAGUUUAUUAAGAAAGAAAUCCAACUUAUUAUUUAAUCGUGAUAUAUAUCAGUCAUCAUCAUCAACUGAACGAAGUCCCAAUCAUCAUUUAACUAAUUCUACUAAUAUAACAACUAGCAUUAAUACUAGUCAUACAUUACAACAACAUAAAACUUUAAAUCGUGUAGAUCUAUCACAUUCAUCAUCAUCUUCAUCGUCAAUAUCACCACUAUCUACACCAUUCUUGGGUAAAUCAACAAAUAAUGUUCAAUCAAAAUUGAGUCACCCAGCAACACCAAAACUAGACACGACAACACCAUCAAAUGAAAAUAAUAGUAAUGUGUCCAGUAUGGAUCUAAACAGUGUAAUGGCAUCAUUUUUAAGCAAAGAUUUUGGUAGUUUUCUUGAUAAUGAUACAAAUCUAUGUAACACGAAUGGUAUCAAUGGUGAUGAUAAUACUGGUCGUUUCCAAUUGAAUAAAAGUCAUGUCCCAUCGAGUUAUCAAUCCAAUUUGUCGAAAUCACCAUUCAAAUCAAGUUUAUCUAGAUUACCACCGAAACGUGGAAAUCUACGCAAUGCCGACGAUGAUGAUGAUGAUGUACUCGCUAUUUAAUAAUCAUGUGAACCUUGUCAUCUAUGCAACAUUCAAACUGCACAAUAGAUAUGUGAAUCUAAAGAAGUAUAUAUACAUAUAUAUACAUUACAUUACAGUUAUUCCUUUCCAUUGCAUUUUCAUAAACAUUUAUUUAUUAAAUUAUACUUAACUGUUACUAUAUCCAUAGGAAAUAAACCAAAUAGGAUUAUGUUUGUGUGUGUGUGUAUGUGUUUCCUUCUUCGAUUCUUCUAUUGUGGUGACUUUUAUUAUUUAUCAAUCAUUUGGAAUGUUAUUUACCUUAAUCAUGUCUACUAUAAUAAAUACUUGUUUUUAAGACAUCUAUUUGAAUAUGAUGUAAUUCUCAGAUAUAUUCCUGUUGUAUAUACAUUGAUACAUAUCUUUCUUGAAUAACAUUGUACUGCUCUGCAAUACUUAAUCAUCAUAACUAUGUAUUUCCGUUUAACCUGACCGUUGUUGCAGGUCCUAUGUUGUUGUAACUGACUGACUUUCCUUCAAGCACUUUUUCCUAUAAUGUUGAUACACACACACUAGUUUUACUCCUGUCUCAUUACUCUAUCGUAAUAAUUCUGUUGUCCGUACAAUUGUCUUACUACCCAAAGACGAAUAUAUACACACAAAAAAUUGUAUUUAUUCCUUACAAUAUUAGUAUUCUUCAACUUACUCUAUACAUAUUUAUCUUUUAUUUAAAAUGAAUGAUUGUUUUAUGCGUUGACUUAUUAUUUGUCAUGCCUUAAGAAGAAACCCCGGUGGUGUUUGUUACAUUGUUUUUUUUUCUAUUUAAGCCAUUUGUGCAAUUUUGUUACAUGCUAUAUGUGUGUUUGUGUAUGUGUUUAUGUAUCCACUUUUUGUGCUUCUUUUUCUUUGUAUACCUUUUGAAGGAAUGAUAGAUUUCUAAAAAUCAAAAUAGGAGUUGUACUAGGUUUUUCACUUUACUCUUUGUCAUGGUGAUCAUGGAGGUAUAUAUACUACUGAUUAGUUUCAUUGAUUUAUUUAUUUAUCAAUUGUGUUCAUUUUCAGCUUUUAAGGAGGAGAUAGGAAAUAUUUUCCAUUUCUUAUCCAGUGAUGUUAUUCUUGCUCUCGUUUCUUUUGGGGGUGGGGAGGGGGUUAAGAGUAGUGACGAGGUGGUGUUGAUUGUUCAAAUAGUCAGUAACAUCAUUAUUUCUUUAGGAAAGUUUUUUCGCACUUAUACUUCAAUCCAUAAUGUACUCACUAUCGAUAUAUAUAUAUAUAUAUAUA